AUGUCCGCAACCGUCGGCUCCGUCAAGCCGUCCAAGGCUAACAUUGGUGUGUUUACCAACCCCGCACACGACCUGUGGAUCAACGAGGCCGAGCCCAAGUUGGAAGCUGUCCAGGCCGGAGAGGGAUUGAAGCAUGGCGAGGUCACUGUGGCGAUCCGAAGCACUGGCAUCUGCGGGUCUGACGUUCACUUCUGGAAGCACGGAUGCAUCGGCCCCAUGAUAGUCGACGGUGACCACAUCCUCGGCCACGAAUCGGCGGGUGAGAUUCUCGCGGUUCACCCCAGCGUCACCCACCUCAAGGUCGGCGACCGCGUCGCGGUCGAGCCCAACGUCAUCUGCAACGCCUGCGAGCCCUGCUUGACCGGCCGCUACAACGGCUGCGAGCAGGUCCAAUUCCUGUCCACCCCGCCCGUUCCGGGUCUUCUGCGCCGAUACGUCAACCAUCCUGCGGUUUGGUGCCACAAAAUUGGCAACAUGUCAUACGAGAACGGUGCCAUGUUGGAGCCCCUGAGUGUCGCCCUCGCCGGCAUGCAGCGUGCCGGCGUGCGGCUCGGUGACCCGGUCCUGGUCUGCGGUGCGGGCCCCAUCGGUCUCAUCACUCUCCUCUGCGCCAAGGCGGCCGGCGCCUGUCCGUUGGUCAUCACGGAUAUUGAUGACGGACGCCUGGCCUUCGCCAAGGAACUGGUGCCCACGGCUAUAACCCACAAGGUCGGCCGUGGCACAGCCGAGGAGGAGGCGAAGCGUAUCGUCGAAUCCUUCGGAGGCAUCGAGCCGGCUGUGGCCAUGGAGUGCACCGGCGUGGAGAGCAGUAUCGCGUCGGCCGUCUGGGCCAGCAAGUUUGGCGGCAAGGUCUUCAUCAUCGGUGUUGGCCGCAACGAGAUCAACUUCCCCUUCAUGCGCGCCAGCGUUCGCGAGGUUGACAUCCAGCUGCAGUACCGUUACUGCAACACAUGGCCCAGAGCCAUCCGACUGGUGGAGAGCGGCGUCGUCGACCUCAGCAAGCUGGUGACACACAAGUUCACGCUUGAGGAUGCCCUCGGCGCCUUUGAGGCAGCCAGAGAUCCCAAGUCGGGUGCCAUCAAGGUUAUGAUCCAGAGCCUGGACUAG